CGUCGAAAUUUUGGCUCAGCUGUUUUGGAUGUUUUCUUCGUAGCACUGCACCUUGUAAACAGUCUCUUUGUUCUUGGAGUGAAAGGUGCACGCUCGCGCUCCAGUGUGAUGCGUUAUUGUGGAAGACAACAUCAUGCAGGGAUAGACUGCCUAAAGCCGCUGCCCCUCACAACGUGAGGCAUAUUUUAGGCCAUCGGAGCAGAGGAGUGAAAACUUCUGACUCGGAAGAGGAGCGAAGCAAGCGUACUCGUGAGUGCUCCGACGAGCAACGACCUUCACCCAGCCCGUGGAUUACACUCCAUGCGCGCUAAACUCGGAUCAUGGGCGAGCAGCUCGAAGAGGUGGCCGUGGGCACGCGCGUUUCCUGUGACCGUCACUACGGCGUGGUACGCUACUGCGGACCGGUAGUGGACACCAAGGGCACGUGGCUGGGCAUUGAAUGGGAAGACCCAUACCGUGGCAAGCACAAUGGAUGCCACAAUGGUGUCCAGUACUUUCACACAAGGUCGGAGACAGGCGGGUCGUUCAUUCGUCCGCAAAAGGUGGAGCGGACGAUGAGCGUCGCAGAUGCUGUGCGCGAGAAGUACUUCUCAUCUCUAUCCGAUAUAGAGGCACCCAGCCUCAGUGAAGACAAAGACGUGCUGCUCUUGGAGUUCACGCAGAACCGGAAUGUUGAAUUUGUCGGCCCCGAGAAGAUCACUGCCAUUCUCAGCCGUGGCGAGACCAUACGCGAGGUGGUCCUCGCAAAUAUGCCCGUGGACCGGCCCGGCAACGAUGGUGAGCUGGCGAGCCUGGUGCCUAAGCUGCAGUGCCUGGUGCUCACCCACACCAUGCUGUCGUCGUGGGAACAGGUGGCGCAGAUCACCCGUCAGCUGCCAUACUUGUCAGAGCUGCACCUCAGCAAGAACAUGCUGGAGAUACCAAAGGAGCCUGCAGAACUUCGGGACUACUUCCGGUCCGUCAGGCAGAUGGUCUUGCGAGGUGUUGGCUACAGCUGGGACCAGGCCCUGCAGUGUGCAGAGAUGUGGCCGUGGGUCAAGAACUUGGUUCUGUCGCUGAAUGGCAUCAGUGUUCUGCGGCCGCCACCCGAGACGCUGUUUCAGCAGCUCGAAUGCCUCUCACUACAGGACAACCCUCUCUCCUCCUGGGAGACUGUUUGCCAUCUGGGACGUUUGCCAAGGUUAAAAAGCCUGUCACUGGCUGACUGCGACCUGACAAGCAUCUCAUUCCCGGAUACACCACCAGGCCAGAAAACCCCGUUGUUUGCCAACCUGGUGUCGCUCAACCUUCACAACAACCGUCUUGAAGAGUGGGUCAGCAUAGCUGAGCUGAACAAGCUUGCCUGCCUGGAGGAUCUGUUCGUGAAAGGGAACCCCGUGACAGUCCGUGAGAGGCGGCACAUCUCGCGCUGCCUCCUGGUGUCUCACCUGGGAAAACUGCAGCUCCUCGACAGGAUGAUGGUCACCAGAGAUGAAAGGCGUGAAGCUGGCAUCUACUACGUAAACCGGUUCUUCCCAUUGUGGGUCCAGUGUGGUGGAACUGCAGAAGGGGGUACACCUUCUCCAGAGUUCCUUCGUGAACACCCUAGGUUCCUCAGCCUUCUCAAAACCUAUGGAGCACCAGAAACCGUUCCAGAUGGCAAGACUGCCUCAUUUAACAAGAGGGUCAUCACUGUUGAAAUACAUGCUCCGCAGGAACCUGACCGAGGGCCAAUCAGGAAGCGCCUACCGUUGUCCAUGUCAGUGGAGAAACUGAAAGCCUUGGUGAUGCAGCUGUUCCCUCGGAAAGGAAGCCGCUUCUGCCUUUCUCUGGCAAGUCUUGAGGAAGGAAAGGAGUCGGUGCUAGACAAGGAACGCCGUGACCUCAGCUUCUAUGACAUCACCGACGGCAGUCGCAUCUACGUGCGUUGGUAGGCAUGGAUACGCCACGGGUUCGACGUGAACUGUUUUGAGCGAAGUGUUGUGAUGGCUAAACGGGUACACUCCACAGCCUGUGCUCGUGUCGUGUGGUAUAGACCAGCUGCCUUCAACUCACUGGCAAGUGCACCUCGUUCGAUGCGACAGAGCGACCCGCCGUCGUCUUUCUGCGUGGUUUCGCCUGCAAAGGCCAGUGCGUGUCAAGACGUCAUCAGCCACAUCUGCCAUUUUGUUUGCUGCAGCACUGCAGUUGAAACAUUUGCUGUCCAUAUGUGUGUGUGUAUGCGUCUGUGCAUUGCGAGAGAUGUUAGAACAGAAAGGAAACCUUGUAACCUCACUUGCUUUUUUUUUUUGAUCGUCCGCUUAUCUGCUAGCGUACUUGUUUCGUGCAGAGACCUUCUGUGAAGGUUUGCUGUGUUUUCUUCCAGCUAACUUAUCAAUAUCGCUCAUCUGCUCCUUGAUAGCUUCCUCAUGUAAGACUAGGGUGCAGCAUAUAUAUACAUAUAUACAGGCCUUUUCAAAAUGUAAUAUCAAGGUACGCAUAGGACAGGAAACCUGCAAUAUGCUUAAACAGGUGAUUGAUUAAUGAGACAUCGAAGGUGUCAACAGUAUCUGAAGUGUCACUGCCUGUAUUAAAUUGUGACGUUAGAAAUUGCGAGGUGAUGCAUUUUAUUUAGCAUAAUUUUUCUGGCUGUCUCAGAAUUCCAUAGACACCCUAUUCUUAUCUUGCAAUUUUGUGCGGCCCUUCAGUUAUAGCUUCCCUAGAUUUCUGCAGUAACAUGAAUGUUUGCAUUGGCAACUUCAAUACAUACCCCUCAAUUUGCUUUAGGGUUGGCCCCUUAGCUGUGUGAAAUUUAUAUUGUGCUCAGCUCUUCAUGCAAAUAUUCCUUUUUGCUUUUAGCAAGCAAACCGCUUCAAUGUGCUGUGCCAUUGUCAGAGGCAACAUUGCCAUGGCAACAACAUGGCAACAUUGCCAUGUUGCCUCAGCAGCUUGUAAAAGAACUAGCUGUUGUGAUGUCGACACUAGUUUUUAGGUGUAUGCAUGUGAUAUGCUGUAGUUCGUAUCAGCGUCCAUCAUAGCCAUGUGCACAGCCAGGUUUCAUGCCAAGGGACCUGUUGGCUUGUCAGAAAUGGUAUUUUCGUGACAAAAGUGCACAUGCUAAUUUUAUGAAAGUGCACCCUUGUUGCAAAAGGUGCAGGUAUAUUUUAUGGCAUGCAACACUUUUAAUUACAGGUAUUUUGUUUUA